ACCCCUGGUUCCCUCUCCUUCCCCCCGCCCGGAGCCCAGGCCGUAGAGCCGCGGGCUUGAGUGUCCGUGUCGCAGUCUUCAGGUCGCCAGGCCUGCGUGAGGUUGAUGCCGCAGACAUGUUUUACGGUGUGACAGGACUGGGUGUGGGCGUUCCCGCGGCUGUGCCUGAACCCUGCCUCCGCUCCCUGGGGCCUCGAGGCCUCUCGGUGCUGGAGGAGAUGCAGCGCCAGCAUCUUCUGUGCUGUUGGGGAUAGGGGUGGGGAGGGAAACGUGAUGAGCAGAAUUAGAAUUAAGUACGAGACUUGGACCUGGAGAAUUCCCAGAUGGGGAGAGGUGGUGUGGCUACGCUGUCCUGCUUUUUCUUGAAGGUACCCUUUUCCCUUCGAGUCUUUAGGAAUCCCAGUGGCGUUCUCUGUGCUUCUGUCAAGGCUGUCUUGCUCCCGUCACACACAGGCUACGUCAUGGUCCAGGGACUCUCAGGGUCUGGGCAGCGCCUGGAUGCUGGCCUCAGACUCAUAGGUAGUUGGUGUGAAGCAGCUCAGGGAGCUGCCGAGCUUGUCUUCGCUGCCUCGGGGUCAUGGAAGAUGACCCAGGAGAGGACACAGGGGGCUCGUGGUUGUCCUUGGGCAGAGCCCUGAGCAGCAUGCCGGUAGCAGAAGCCAAAUGGCCUGGGUGGGGCGGGGGCAGGUGACAGCUGGCUCCAGUUCUCUGACCUUACGCUUCUUACCUCCCUGAACUUCCGGGGCAUCGUGGGGAGCACUAGGAACAGAAGCGCUCCCUGCCUAGCCUGUGGCGCCCAGUAGGCCCCUUGGUGUGGCGCGGGGCAAGGAGGUCCAGAUGUUAGUGGAGCUCUAGUCCACGUCUCACUCGGUUGCCCUCUGGUUCUGCUUUUCCUGUUUCCUGAGGGCGAAGCUUGGUGUAUCCUGUUAAUUUCUUCAGGCUGUAAGCAACACACAGUGACUCUGGCUGGGAGCUUGAGGCUGGAAUAUCCGCUUACCAGUGUAGGUGCAAGAGCUGGGGGCUUCUAGUGCCAGAUGGGACACCCCUAGACACCCCAGAGCUGCUGUGGCUGCUGAUGAUACACAACAUCUGCUGUUGAGACAAUUUCAAGUGAUAUUUAUUUAUUUAUUUAUUUUUGAGACGGAGUCUUGCUCUGUCGCCCAGGCUGGAGUGCAGUGGCAUGAUCUCGGCUCACUGCACCCCCUGCCUCCCGGAUUCAAGUGAUUCUUCUGCCUUAGCCUCCUGAGUUGCUGGGACUACAGGCACACGGCACCACGUCCGGCUAAUUUUUGUAUUUUUAGUAGAGACGAGGUUUCACCAUAUUGGUCAGGCUGGUCUUGAACUCCUGACCUUGUGAUCUGCCCACCUCGGCUUCCCAAAGUGCUGGGAUUACAGGCGUGAGCCACCGCGCCUGGCCUCAGGUGAUGUUUUAUCCAGCAAAUUCUGUGUUACAACAGGAGAUGGGUCCAUGCUAGUCAGUUCGUUGUGUGGAGCCACAAGUCAGGUGGCUUCUUUUUUUUUGCAUUUCAUGUCAGUUUCUUUAAAUGAAAAUGUAUUGAUUUAAUUUUACUUAAAUUCAUAGAAGAAAAAGGUAAGCAAAAACUGAAGAUAGCUAUUUUGAGAUAACUGUUUCUUCAAAGCAAGAUAUUUGCAAUUUUAAAAACUUUCUCUGGAGGCGGGCAGAUCAUGAGGUCAAGAGUUCGAGACCAGCCUGACCAACAUGGUGAAACCCCAUCUCUACUAAAAGUACAAAAGUUAGCCAGGCGUGGUGGCACGCCCCUGUAAUCCCAGCUAGUCAGGAGGCUGAGGCAGGAGAAUCACUUGAACCUGGGAGGUGGAGGUUGCAGUGAGUGGAGACCAUGCCAUUGCACUCCAGCCUGGGCGACAGAGUGAGAUUCCAUCUGAAAAAAAAAAAAAACAAAAACUUUCUCAAAAGUUAAAAAAAUUAUGAAAAUUAUUAAGAGGCACACAUAUGGUUUUAAGAUAUGUUCUUGUAAACAGAAACACCUUGUUUCUGGCCAGGCGUGGUGGCUCACGCUUGUAAUCCAAUCCCAGCACUUUGGGAGGCCGAGGUGGGUGGAUUACCUGAGGUCAGGAGUUUGAGACCAGCCUGGGUAACAAAGUGAAACUCCAUCUGUACUAAAAAUGCAAAAAAAUUAGCCGGGCGUGGUGGCAGGUGCCCGUAAUCCCAGCCACUUGGGAGGCUGAGGCAGGAGAAUCGCUUGAACCCACGAGACAGAGAUUGCAGGGAGGUGGAGAUUGCAGUGAGCCGAAAUUGUGCCACUGCACUCCAGCCUGGGCGACAGAGUGAGACUCUGUCUCAAAAAAUAUAUGUAUAUAUCAAAUAAAUAAAAAAUAAAAGAAACAGCUUGUUUCCAGGUAGUAUAACAGCCAUUUUAAAGUUUAAAAUCAGAAGGUAUCAACUGAGUUCCAAAACAAGAAACCAACAUCUCCACCCCACCGUUCCCCCACUUCUUUUUUUUGAGAUGGAAUUUUGCUCUUGUUGCCCAGGCUGGAGUGCAAUGGCACGAUCUCAGCUCAUUCCACCCUCUGCCGCCCGGGUUCAAGAGAUUUUCCUGCCUCAGCCUCUCGAGAAGCUGGGAUUACAGGCGUGUGCCACCACACCUGGCUAAUUUUGUAUUUUUAGUAGAGAUGGGGUUUCACCAUGUUGGCCAGGCUGGUCUCAAACUCCUGACCUCAGGUGAUCUGCCUGCCUCGGCCUCCCAGAGUGCUGGGAUUACAGGCAUGAGCGACCAUGUCUGGCCCACCCCCUUUUUAAUUUAUUUUUAUUUUUAUUUAUUUAUUUUUGAGAUGGAGUUUCGCUCUUGUUGCCCAGGCUGGAGUGCAAUGGCGUGAUCUUGGCUCACUGCAGCCUCCACCUCCGCCUCCUGGGUUCCAGUGAUUCUCCCGUCUCAGCCUCCUAAGUAGCUGGGAUUACAAGCAUGUGCCACCAUGCCCAGCUAAUUUUGUAUUUUUAGUAGAGACGGGGUUUCUCCAUGUUGGUCAGGCUGGUCUCGAACUCCUGACCUCAGGUGAUGUGCCUGCCUAGGCCUCCCAGAGUGUUGGGGUUACAGGCGUGAGCCACCGCAUCUGGCCUGUCUUUUUAAAAUAGAGACUGUGUUUCACCGUGUUGACCAGGGUGGUCUCUAACUCCUGAGCUCAAGCAGUCUACCUGCCUCAGCCUCCCAAAGUGCUGUGAUUACAGGUGUGAGCCGCCGCACCUGGCCCAGUUUGAAUUUAUCAUCAUGGGGAGAACUGAAUCUGAAUAUUUUGAGUUGUAUAUUAGCAUUAUUUAAGACGUAGGUUAAAGUUGCUGUAACAGAUUCAAAUAUGGUGUUUCAAAUAAGAAACUUGAGUUGUCUUAUUCUCUCUUAAAGGUAGGGUUGGCCUCCAGGGACUCUGGCUGCCCUGCCUCAUCAGCACUGUGGAGAGGGGAGAGAGUGGACAGCACGCACACAUCACUUCCCUUCUCGCCUCAUCUUGGUCACAAACUCACCUAACUUAAGGGGACACUAGGAAAUGUCAUUUCUGGGGCAGUCAUUAGUAAUUUGAUGGGGUUUCUAACACUUGAAGAAGGAAACAGGAAUGCUGGGGAACCACAUUGGCUACCCAAGGGUCCAGUGGACCUUUCAUCCCACACGUGGGGGUGUGCCAGUGUGGGUCCAGACCACUGCAAUAAAGUGAAUAGCAAAACAAAGCAAGUCACAGAAACUUCUUAGCUUCCCAGUGUAUAUAAAAGUUACGUUUAGGUAUGCUGUAGUUACUAUUCAGUAUGCAAUAGCAUUAUGUCUAAAAAUGUAAAUAAUUUAAAGAUACUUUAUUGCUAAAAGAUGAUCAUCUGAGCCUUAAGUUGUAAUCAUUUUGCUGGUGGAGGGUCUUGCCUUUCUUGAUGGCUGCUGACUGAUCAGGGUGAUGGUUGCUGAAGGUUGGUGUGACUGGCAGUUUCUUAAAAUGGGACGAUGAAGUUUGUCACAUCAGUGGAAUCUUGCUUUCACAAAAGAUUUCUCUGUAGCAUGCAAAGCUGUUCGCUAGUAUUUUACCCAAGUAGAACUUCUUUCAAAAUUAGAGUCAAGCCUCUCAAACCCUGCCUGUGUUUUAUCAACUAAGUUUAUGGAAUCUUCAAAAUCCUUUGUUGUCAUUUCAACAGUGUUCACAGCAUCUUCACCAGGAGCAGAUUCCAUGUCAAGAAACGUACUUGUUUUCCUCAUCUCUAAGAAGCAACACCUCAGCCGGGCACGGUGGCUCAUGCCUGUAAUCCCAGCACUUUGGGAGGCUGAGGCAGGUGGAUCACCUGAGGUCAGGAGUUUGAGACCAGCCUGGCCAACAUAGCCAAAUCCCGUCUCUACUAAAAAUACAAAAAUUAGCUGGGCGUAGUGGUGCACUCCUGUAAUCCCAGCUACUCAGGAGGCUGAGGCAGGAGAAUUGCUUGAACCUGGGAGGUGGAGGUUGCAGUGAGCCGAGAUUGCACCACUCCACUCUGCCUGGGGAACGAGAGUGAAACUCUGUCUCAAAAAAAAAAAAAAAAAAAAAAACCAAAAAAACAAGCAGCAGCACCUCAUCCAUUCAAGUUUGAUCACGAGAUUGAAGCAAUUCAGUGACAUCUUUAGGCUACACUUCCAAAUCUAGCUCUCUUGCUAUUUUCACCACAUCUGCAGUUGCUUCCUCCACUGAAGUCUCAAACCCCUCAAAGAUUCAUGAGGGCUGGAAUCAGGUUUUUCCAAAAUACCAAAUGUUGAUGUUUUGACCUCCUCCCACGAAUCAUGAAUGUUCUUCAUGGCAUCUAUAAUGAUGACUCCUUUCCAGAAGGUUUUCGGCUGACUUUGCGCAGAUCCAUCAGAGGAAUCAUUAUGGCACCUACAGCCUUGUGAAACAUAUUUCUUAAUAAGACUUGAAAGUUGGAGUGACUCCCAGCCACGGGCUGCAGAAUGCACGUUGUGUUGGCAAAAGAAGAACAUCAGUCUCCCUGUUCAUCUCCAUCAGAGCUCUUGGGUGACCAGGAGCAUUGUCAAUUCUAAUGUAGGAACUGGUGAGAAGAAGGUGACUGAAGCCUGGAUUUCUGAGGAUGAAAAUUCACAUAGGACGACGUCAGACAGACUCACGGUGAUGGAGCUCCCCUCUCCCGAGUCUGAGGAAGUCCACGAGCCCAGAUUAGGGGAGCUCUUGGGAAAUCCAGAAGGUCAGAGCCUGGGGAGUUCCCCCUCUCAGGACAGGGGCUGCAAGCAGGUGACAGUGACCCAUUGGAAGAUCCAGACAGGAGAGACAGCUCAAGUGUGCACCAAGUCAGGAAGAAACCGUAUUCUGAACUCAGACCUUCUUCUGCUUCAGAGAGAGCUCAUAGAGGGGGAAGCCAAUCCUUGCGAUAUCUGUGGCAAAACCUUCACGUUUAAUUCGGACCUAGUUAGGCAUCGGAUUUCGCAUGCUGGGGAGAAACCUUACACGUGCGAUCAGUGUGGGAAAGGCUUUGGCCAGAGCUCACACCUUAUGGAGCAUCAGAGAAUUCACACUGGAGAGAGACUCUACGUCUGUAAUGUGUGUGGGAAAGAUUUCAUUCACUAUUCAGGUCUCAUUGAGCAUCAGCGCGUUCAUUCAGGAGAAAAGCCCUUCAAAUGUGCGCAGUGUGGGAAGGCGUUUUGUCACAGUUCAGACCUGAUUAGGCACCAGAGAGUUCACACCAGAGAGAGACCUUUUGAAUGCAAAGAGUGUGGGAAAGGCUUCAGUCAGAGCUCCUUACUUAUUCGCCAUCAGAGGAUUCACACGGGAGAAAGGCCCUAUGAGUGCAAUGAAUGUGGGAAAUCCUUCAUAAGGAGCUCGAGCCUCAUUCGCCACUAUCAGAUCCACACAGAAGUGAAACAGUAUGAAUGCAAAGAAUGUGGGAAGGCAUUCCGUCAUCGCUCAGACCUUAUUGAACACCAGAGAAUUCACACCGGAGAGAGACCCUUUGAAUGCAAUGAGUGUGGGAAAGCCUUUAUUCGGAGUUCAAAGCUCAUUCAGCAUCAGAGGAUCCAUACUGGGGAGAGGCCUUACGUAUGCAAUGAGUGUGGGAAGCGCUUCAGCCAGACGUCAAACUUCACCCAGCAUCAGAGGAUUCACACUGGAGAGAAACUCUAUGAAUGUAACGAGUGUGGGAAAGCUUUCUUUCUGAGUUCAUACCUUAUUCGACACCAGAAAAUCCACACUGGAGAGAGAGUGUAUGAAUGUAAGGAAUGUGGGAAAGCGUUUCUCCAGAAAGCCCAUCUCACCGAGCACCAGAAGAUCCACUCUGGGGACAGGCCCUUCGAAUGUAAAGACUGUGGGAAGGCCUUCAUCCAGAGCUCCAAGCUGCUUCUGCACCAGAUUAUUCACACUGGAGAAAAGCCCUAUGUGUGCAGUUAUUGUGGGAAGGGCUUUAUUCAGAGGUCAAACUUCCUUCAACACCAGAAAAUUCAUAGUGAAGAGAAGCUCUAUGAAUGUAGUCAGUAUGGGAGAGAUUUUAACCCAACUACAAACUUUAAAAAUAAUCAAAGUGUUCACCAAGAGGGACUCUCCUUGAGUAAGGCCCCCAUACAUUUGGGUGAGAGGUCUGUAGAUAAGGGGGAACACACAGGUAACUUAUAAAAUAAUUAUUCUCCCGCCCAGUGAGUGAUGUUUGGAAAUGCGUGGAAUUAGGAUUCAUGUGGUUUCUAAGAUUUGGACAUGUCAGAAUUUUGUGAGUCAUGGAUGGGGCUGCUUUUGCAGUGGGUGCUACCUGCCACUGUGCAGCCCUACUCGGCUCAGCCCUUCUCCUCAGCUGUGAGCACUGUCCUCAGGAGAGUCACAGGGCUUGACACCUGACUCUGAGCUGGAACAGUAGGGGCAGGGAGAAGACAGGUCUCAAGAAAAGGUUUUUAAGAAGUUUCAUCCCCAGUUAAGCAGAGUCCAUCCUGGACUUAAAUCCCUUAUUACAGCAGAACUGUGUAUCUAAUCUUACGACUUAGGAGAAUGUUACCUAGGACAUUUUGAUGUGUUAAGUUGAAGAAAGGUAACUCGUGUAUGAACCCCGAGCCAUUUCCCUGUUGUCCUGAGGAGGAACUCCAGGCCUCCCAUCGUGUGCCCUAAGGCCUCCUGCGUCCUGGAGCCCUGCCUCCCACUGCCUGACUUCCUGCCACAUGGUUAAUGCUGCAGCAACACCGACUGCUUCAUCUUCCCUGUGCUCCACGCGGCUUCCUACCUCUCUCGCCUUUGUUCUUGUUGAAGGGUCUCUUCUCAGCUAAUUAACUCUGAAUUAUGGUUCAAGACAUGCCUCAGGCAUCAUGUCAAUGGGUGUUUCCCUCAGGCUUAGUUGGCAGCACUCUCCACACCUCUGUGGCUCAGUGAUUACUGCUAUUACUAUAUUUACUUGCAUAUGUCAGAAUGACGUGAUAGACUAUCUCUGUCACUAUGCUCUUGAGUUCCUGAGGACAGUGAUCAUAUCUGAUUGAUGUCCAUGUGUCCACUGUCUAGCACAGGGCAAUAAAAAAUACACCCCUAAAUCUAUGUGUAAUUGGCAUCUCUCUUGCUUUGUCCUUUCUAUACUGCCAUUCUAAAAAUUUUCAGCUGUUGGCUGUUUUUUUUGUUGUUUGUUCAUUUUGUAUCAGUAUAAUCUACGAUUCUGUUAGAAGUAUCUUCUCAGCCCUGCUACUGUCUGCUGCUCCUACUUAGAAGUUGCAGGCAAUAUCCUGUGCACAUCCACGCCCUCCUGUGUGCCACCUUACAGCUCAUGCAGAACUGUCUACUUGAUCUGGAGGGCAUUGACACCUGGCUCAGCUAGAACAGUGGGGACAGGAGGAGGCAGGUCUCAAGAGAAGGUCUUCACUUGUCUGUAUCUUUCUGUCUCACUCGAAAGGCACAGUCUCAAUGCACUACGUAACUCUUCUGUUGUAGCAGUUCUAAGGUUGAACUGAGCUCUUGUCGUUUUCCAUGCUCUCUGGCUCAUUGUGUCAUUUCAAAAUGUAUUGAUAUCUAUAAGGAAUAGUCCUAAAUGUUGGGAAAACAGAUGAGCAACCCACCACCCUGAAGUCAUCCACAGUGUAGUGGGGAAGCCGGAGAUCACAGGAGGAUGAGUUAAGUAUGUGCUCUCAGGCGUGAAGGAGCACAGGUGAGGGGUGCCUGAUGUGGCACAGAGCUGGGAAGGCAUUACAGAAGAGGUGACAUUUCAGCUGGGCCAGAGAUCAGUAGAGAGCAGCUGAAGAAGAAAAUAGGGUCCAGGAGAGGAAUCUGCAGAAACAUGGAGCCAUGACAGAUGGCUUUUUGGCUAGGACUGUUCAAAAGCAGGCGAGGUAAAUGGCCAGUGGACAGCCACCUCGCCAAACUGUUAGUCUUUACCUCUGAAUUUCAUCUGAACAUGAACCCCAAAGUCCAGUUUUGUAACGAUACAAUUUUUUUCUCAUGAGGCCAUAUUUUGAGUUCUUAAAUACUACCAACCCUGAAAGUCUCAGGACAAAUAAUUCAAAAAAGAGAUUACAUUUUCUGGAAAAUCAGCAUUACUAGAGAUGUUUCAAAUGUAGAUUUUACCAGACCAUUUUAAUCAACUUUAUUGAGAUUCAAUUUUCAUAUAGUAGAACGCCUAUUUAAGUGUACAAGGUUUUGAAAAAUCUAUACACCUGUGUAACCACCACCACCUGUGUAACCACCACCGCCAGAACCAAGAACGUUUCUGUCACCCAAAAAAGUUCCCUUUUGCCUUUUCCUAGUUAAGCCCACUCCAGCCCCAGAUAACCACUUUCUAUCCUCAUAGAUUAGUGUUGCUUGGUUUAGAGCCUCAUACGAAUGGAUUCAUCUAGUAUGUGUUCUUUUGCGUCUGAUGUCUCACUUUGGCAUGUUUUUAGACUCAUCCAAGCUGUUUUGUGUUUCAGUAGUUCUCCUUGCUGAAUAGUAUUCCAUUGUGUGGAUAAGCCAUCAUUUGUUUAUUCAUCCACGUGUUAAUGGGUUUCCAGUCUCGGCUCUUAAAACUAUGAGCAUUUGUGUAAAAGUAUGUAUUUGCACAUGUGUUUUUAUUUCUCUUGGGUAAGUACCUAGGACUUUCAUUGCUGUGUUGUAAGUGUCUUAGUUCAUUCAGGCUGCCAUAACAAAAUACCAUCAACUGGGAGGCUUAUAAACAACAGAAAUUUAUGUUUUACAGUUCUGGAGGCUGGGAAGUCCAAGAUGAGGGUGUCAACAUUUGGUGUCUAGUGAGGGCCUGCUUCCUUUUAAGUAGAUGUCUUCUCACUGUGACUGCACGUGGUGGAAAGGGACUAGCAAGCUUACCCCAUUCGUGAGGGCUCUCCCCUUGUGGUUCUGUCCCCUCCCCAAGACCCCACCUCAUAUCAUCUUAUGGGUUAGGAAUUUGACAUGAAUUGUGCAAGGAUGUAAACAUUCAGUCCAUUGCAAUACGUGUUUCUAACUUCCUAAGACAUUGUCACACAGCCCUCUGUAGUGGUUGAAUCAUUUUACACUAUUACUACAUUAUGGGAAGAUUCCAGUUGCUCCAUGUCUUUGCUAACACUCGGCAUUGUCAGUCUCUUAAAGUUUAAUCCACUCUAGCCUCCUUAUGAUUUUAAUUUGUAUUUGCCCACUGAAUAAUGUAUGUCUAUGAUUUCAUCUGCUUAUUGCUUUGCUGUGUCGUCUUUUGUGAUGUGUCUGUUUGUACCUUUUGCCUGUUUUUAAGUUGGGAUGCUUAUUGUUGACUCAAGUUCUUUCCAUAUUCUGCAUGAAAAACAUAUAUGUAAUAUAUAGAAUUCUUUGUCUUCAUUUGUGACAAAUAUUGUGAAUAUUUUCUUUUCAUGUUUGGUUUGCCUGUUCAUUUUCUUAAUGGUGUCUUUUGAAUAUUUUUUAUUAAGCCUAAUUUAUCAAAGAUUUGGGUGUGGUGGCUCAUGUCUGCAAUCCCAGCACUUUGGGAGGUCAAGGUGGGCAGAUCAUCUGAGGCCAGAAGUUUGAGACCAGCCUGGCCAACGUGGUGAAACCCCGUCUCUACUAAAAAUACAAAAAUUAUCUGGGUGGGUGGCACACCCCUGUAGUCCCUGCUACUCAGGAGGCUGAGGCAGGAGAAUCACUUGAACCCAGGAGGCAGAGGUUGCAGUAAACCAAGAUAAUAAUAAUAAUGAUUUAUGAUAUUUUAUAAUAAUUUGAGUUUAAGAAAUUUGCCUACUCAAAGGACAUGAUUUUUUCCUAUGUUUUUUAUUUUAUGGAACUUUUAUAGUUUUACGUUUUACAUUUAAGUCUGUGAUCCAUUUUGAGUUCAUUUUUGUGUACCAUAUGCGAUAAGGGUCAAGAUUCACUUUUUUAUCUGUGUGGUUGGUUGUUUCGGUUCUAUUUGUUGAGACUCUACUUUCCCAAUGACCAAGUCUUCACAGGUUUGUAAAAACUUAAGUGACAUAGAAGUGGUCUGUUCUGGACACCAUUCUUCUUGCAUGUGUAACUUUACACCAAUAUGACACUAUAUUGAUUACUGUAGUUUUAUUUGAGGCAGAAAUCUCAUUCUGUUGCCCAGGCUGGAGUGUAGUGGCACAAUCACAGCUAAUGUAACCUCGAACAUCCGGGCUCAAGUGAGCCUCUUUCCUUAGCCUCCCAAGUAGUUGGGACUGUAGGCAUGCAUCACCACAUCUUGCUAAUUUUUUAUUUUUUUUUUGUAGAGAUGGGGGUCUCACUAUGUUGACCAGGCUGGUCUUGAACUCCUGGCCUCAAGGGAUCUUCCUGCCUCAGCCUCCCAGAGGGAUUACAGGUGUGAGCCACCACUCCUGUCCAACUGUAGUUGAACUCAGGUAUUGGAAGGGCUUCCGUUUUGUUCUUUUCCCAUUUUUUUUUUUUUUGACUUCUAGAUCCUUUGCAUUUUCGUAUAAAAUUUGAAGUCAACUUCUAUCAACUUCAGGCCAGGCCCAUGGCUCAUGCCUGUGUAAUCCCAGCACUUUGGGAGGCCAAGGCAGGCGGAUCACUUGAGGUCAGGAGUUCAAAACCAGCCUGGCCAACAUGGUGAAACCCCAUCUCUACUAAAAAUACAAAAAAAUUAGCCAGGCGUGGUGGCAGGCGCCUGUAGAAUCCCAGCUACUCGGGAGGCUGAGGCAGGAGAAUUGCUUGAACCUGGGAGGUGGAGGUUUCAGUGAGCUGAGAUCGUGGCAUUGCACUCUAGCCUGGGCAACCAAGAGUGAAACUGUCUCAAAAAACAACUUUUAUCAAUGUCUGCAAAAAGAAAGUCUUCCAGGAUUUAUAGAUCAAUUUAGGGAGAAAUGACAUUUUAACAAUUCUGAGUUUUCCAAUUGUUGAACAUGGUGUACUGCCCCAUUUAUUUAGAUCUGUUAAUUUGUCUCAGUUUGCAGCUCUCACAUUUUGUUAAAUUCAUGUAUUUAAUAUUUCUGCAUGCUAUUGCAAGUGGUAAGGUUUUUAAAAAGCUAUUUUCUAGUUAUUGCUAGUAUAUAGAAAUGCAUUAGACUUGUACAUUGAUCUUGUAUCAAGCAACUUAGAUCAGUUAACUUAUUCUAGUAGCUUUUUUCUAGAUUCUUUAGCAUUUUCUAUGUAGAUAAUCAUGUCAUCUGUGAAUAAAGUAUUUUACUUUUCCAAUUUA